AUGCCGACUGUCUCGGCCUCGUUGAAAUGCUCGCAGCGCACCCCGACGAGUGCGCCGGCCAAGCUUGCCGGGCUCACGGGCUCCUUUCGUGCGACCUUCGGCGGCAGCCUCGGCCUGCCUGACAGCGGCCUCGCCGUCAAGCUCGAGUGGGACUCGGUCGAGCCGGUCAAGAUCCUCAGCGGCACGAUCGUCCACAUGGGCGACUACCUUUACGGCCGGCUUGAGUACCCGGACGGCAAGUGCACCUUGCGCGAGUCGUGGUUCCCGCCGACACGGCGUGGCUCGAUCGUCCUGCAGACCAACGCUACGAGCUCGGUGGACUAUACGGUCGCGCUCGCCAUAGCGACGCCCGACUAUGGCCUCUUCACCUGGGAGCGCAAGAUUGCCGACAUCGAGAAGCAGACGUCGCCGGCGUCCCUCGCCCUCGAGGCUGCCGCCUCGCACAUGACGACUCUCACGCACGGUCAAGCCCCGAACAACGUCUGCCUCGACUUCCUCCAGCUCGGCCGCCAACUUUGGGCGUCCGAGACGUCGCUCGUCCAGAUCUCGCCGCACUUCAAGGACAUCCUGUCGUCCGAGUUUGCCGAGGGCACGUCGAGCAUCGCCGACCUGUCGAUCAAGGCCGCCGAGCACAUCUCGUACGAGUUCGGGGACUCGGACGCCGAGACGGACGCCGUCGACCUCGCCUCGAGCCGGGAGAAGGACCACCAGAAGCCGCUCGCACCGUUCAAGCGCAUCCCGAUCAACGACGUCCCGUAUUCGACCUACCUCGCCGUCCUCAUCUGGGCGCAGACGAGCCACAUCACGUUCGCCCCCCUCCUCUCGACCUUUCGCCGCCCCGGCGUUGACGAUGCUGCCGCCAGCGGCGCUCGCCAGGACGCCGUGCGCGCCCUCGCCGAGACCAAGAGCCCGCUCCUGCCCGUGCCCGUCUCGCCAAAAUCGGUCUACCGCCUCGCCGACUACCUGUCGCUCGCGCCGCUCAAGAAGCUUGCGCUCAACAACCUCGUCUCGCAGCUCAAGCCCGAGAUCGCGGCAUACGAGCUCUACAGCGACGUCGCGUGCGGGUACGACGACGUGCGCGACGCCGUCCUCGAGUACGUCGUCGAGCACUGGAGCGAGGUCAAGGUGUCGGCGGCGACGAGGGCGGUCGAGGCGGCGGCGAGGGAACUGCCGCUCGGCGCGGCGAGCACGGCAAUGCUUCUUGCGAGGCGUCUGACCUCGAAGUGAGCAAGGGAGGAGCGUGUCGGAGCGAGGAGGCAUCGAGCGAGGGGGGAUUGUCGACAAGGAUGGGUCGAGGUAGGGACGCUGUAACGUCGAGCCGUCUCUCUG